AUGGGCUCUCACAGGCAAAGCUUUCAAUGCUUUGACGCCAUCCUGGAUGAUCCAUCCCUCAAGCCUUCUUUGCCCUAUGGACACCGCUCUGUAGCAUCACACAUGAGCUCUCCAGCUUCCAAUAGACUGGAGGCACUGGAGGAUCGCGGAUGCUACCUGUGUGCUGAUCACCAGCAGGCCACGUCGAUGACCUCGGAGGCAUCAGGAGCUUACACGACCCCAUGGUAUCAUUUUCAGACACAUCCACACUCUCACCAUUAUAUGACCAGAAGGCCCGCCCGACCAGAGGAAAGCACUGGAGAGUUUGAGGAUCACCACCAUCACCAUCACAAGCACUCCAGUAGAAUAGUGAUUGUGAAGAACAGUGACCCGUCGGUCCAGAGGACCAUUGUGCUACAUCGCAGGAGUUUGCGCAGUUUCGGACUUUUCAUGGAUGAGGUUUCUCAACUUAUGCAAUGUCUCAUCAGGAAACUCUACACACUGGAUGGCAACAAGGUUGACAGCGUGCAAAGUCUGCUGCAUUGCGCUGGUAUUUUAGUCUGUGUGGGACGUGAGCCUUUCCACCCACUUCUGUUGGACAGUUUUAGAAAAAACUCCUACGACAAACUUCCAAAGCUGAACAUAAAGUCACGCUCUAGUGCUGGCAGUGAUGAUAAUGGAGCCAAGAAAAAUGUCGAUUUUGGACUUGAAACCAAGCGAAGCAUCAUUCAUCCAAGAUGCGAUUCAAGCAACAGGUGUGCAAGGUUGGCGUCAUCUGAGAAAUUAUUUUCAAAUGGACUCAACUCAAUGCCACCAGGGAAUGCGGGCACUUGCCCUCGCGCAAGAGAAGGUAUGAUGGAUGAUGACAUAGAAAAGCGAGUCCUAGUAAACAAAGACGGAAGCCUGUCGAUGGAGAUGAAAGUGCGCUUUCGACUCCUACAUGAUGAGACGUUGCAUUGGUCCACAGAGAUCAAGAAGUCAACAAGCACUUUGAAUGAAUGCCAUACAGCACAUGAUGAUGCCUACUGCCUUUCUCACGGUAGUACUGACAGCUGCUCAGAAGUAGAGUCCCCUUCUGCUUGUGAGGCAGAAGAAACAUACAACACCAAACGCUACCAAAAACAUUUUGAGGAACCUCAUUGCUAUCACUGCUGUGCUCAGUGCCAAGAGUACGACAUGAGGAAUAAUCCAAUCCUUCCUGAUCAAACCGCUGUGAGACACAUCAAAUCCUCAAGCUCAAGUGCAUCUUCACGCAAAAUAGUAUGCAAAAAGGCAUCCACCGAUAGCAUGCACACAAUGUCCAGUGAGGAAUACACAGAACAUGUUGUUGAAAAGGUCGAACAGACCUUUGGGAAGCAGAACAACACCAGUAUUAAACAUUGCACCACCCACUGUUGUUGUAGACAAAGUCAAGUACGCUUAGUGUCCGCAAAACCAAAAUGCACAGGUUCAACAGAACAAAAGUAUAAAGUACCAGAAAAGAUGGAAGUGUCUGAUACGGACGAGAAUAAACCAGACAACUCUAAAGACUCACAAAAAGAGAAAUUAAUUCCACAGAUCGCUCAACCCGUUGUGAAAGAUGAGAGGCCCCUGUCCACAGUGAGCUCUUCAUCACAUAUUCUGGCCUCAUUAAAAGAAGAUCAAGAUGAGGAAGAUGUAGACAUCCUUGGAAGCAUCUCAAGAGCAUCCCUUGAUAGUGGCCAGCAAGAGGAUGAGGAUGGCAGAGAUGCUGAAUCGAACCAAUGCUCUGCUACGCACUUCAGAUCCCUUGCAUCUAUGAAACCUUUGCCACCAAACAAAACUUCACCACUGGGACGGCCCAUAGUAUUCAGAAAGCUUACCUCAAUAGAAAUAGACGUGGACAGAGAUGAUCAAAAUGUCAGGGCUGGUAGUGCAGAAUCUGAUCCAUCUGAAGCUCUGUCGGGACCCAAAAAGUGUAAAUGUUCACAUUUAGACGACACAGAAAAUAAUGAAUUAAUGGCAAAUGACCAAGAAGAAGAAGAUGCUGAGAUCAAAAUUGAUAAAAAUACUGGAGAAAUAAGAGAGGGGACACAUAGGGAGAUGUUAGCCAAAUGUAAAACAUCUUCAAAAUCCCCAUCCAAGUUAUCACUCUGUUCUCAAGAUGAUCUUGCUUCCGAGAAUACUGAGGGACAUCAGGACAUAACAGAUGAGAGAUCAUCAAGUUCUAUAUCCAUUAAAUCAAAUACCUCUGAUAAAUCAGAUAAAUCCAAUGUUGCAGAAUUACUUGAACAGGAAUGUCCUGUACAUGAUGAAAGAGCACCCAGUGCCAUCUCAAUAGAGUCUCAUAAAUCAGAGAACUCUAAAUCUGAAAUGUCUGAAACUUCACAUGAGGACCAGGAGAAUGAAGUGAGAACAUCAAGUGCCACGUCUGGUAAAUCGACCACAUCUGUCAAAUCCAAAAGAUCAAAAAUAUCAGAAAAUAACUUUGACGAUUUUGUUAAAUUACAUGACAAUGUUGAGGAUAGGACAAUGAGUCCUAUGUCUUGUAAGUCAAAUAUUUCAGCAAAUUCAAGUCGGUCCAAAGAGCCACAGUCUGAAGAAAAUAAAUCACCAGAUGAGCUAAUAGAAGAGAGAGCAUCAAGUGUUAAAUCUGCAAUGUCAAACAGAUCUGUAAUCGAAGAGUUUAAAGAUCAAACCGAGGGGAGGGCUUCCAGUGCCAUUUCAUUAAAAUCCAAUACUUCUGAUAGAUCUAAGACGUCAGUUGAGCUUAGUGAGCUUGAAGAGCACGAGCUAGACAGAGUUUCCGUGGACUCCCAUAUCUCACAAAAAUCUAAUUCUGAGAUUUCAGAAGCAUCUUCUUUGCAAAUAAGAGAAGAAGAAGAGCUGCAGGAACGAACUCCAAGUGCCAUGUCAGCCACAUCAUUGCAGUCACUCAAAACAACCCUUUCAGAUGUUCAACCAACAACUGUGGAACCACACAAUGGGCAGCCUAAAGAAAGAGCACAGAGCGUCAUGUCUACCAAAUCCAGUGCAUCUGUGAAAGUAGAUGCACCUGAAGUGGAAAGUGAACUACCAAGGGAGAGAUCUCCAAACUCUAUGUCAUCAAUGUCGCAUAUUUCAGCCAUAUCCAAAGUUUCAGAAGACGAUGAAAAACAGAUCCAAGCAGAGGAUGAAGAGGAAGUUCAGGAAAGGGCAUCAAGCGCUAUCUCAGCUAAGUCUAAUAUAUCUUCAAGAUCAAGAAAAUCUGAGACUGCGCCAACACCCAUUGAAAUGUCAGGAGAAGAAAAUAAGGAACGAACGCUUAGUGCUAUGUCCAGCAAAUCCAAAGAUUCCUUAAGGUCAAAUAAGUCCAAAGGACAUUUGGAACAUGUGAACACAGGGGAAACAGGAAAAAGAGCCUCCAGCACUGUGUCUGCUAAAUCUGAGGGUUCCACAGAUGUAGAGCUAGAACAAAGAGCAUCAAGUGCAAUAUCAGCUAAAUCAAAUGCUUCUGAAACAUCAAAGAGGUCCAACAUGUCAAAGGUGGGAGAAGAUGAGGUUAAAACAUUACAAGUCCAAGAUGAUGACCAGAUGUCUGCAGAAUCAUACAACUCAGAGACAUUUAAUACAUCAACUAAAUGUGAAGAGAAAGAGGAAAGAACACCAAGUGCAUUAUCAACAAAAUCUAAAUCCUCUGUGAAGUCAAAUAAAUCCAAAGCACCUGAAUUGGCAGCUGUUAAAAUUGUGGCUGAAGAACACGAUUUAAGAUCUGCAAGUGCAAUGUCCUCUAAAUCCAUAUCUGCAAAAUCAGAAAAAUCGGAGGUCUCCGAUUUGGUCCUAGAAGAACCUGUAGAAACAGAUGAACACAAAGAAGGCAGAACUCAAAGUGCAUUGUCAGCAAAAUCUGCUGAGUCUGAAAUCUCAGUUGUUACUGAGGAAGUUGCAGAAGAUCGAUCCCUAAGCGGCAUGUCAUCCAAAUCCAACGCAUCUAAAAGAUCAAAAAAAUCGAAUUCAAUAGCAGAACACCAAACAAAGGAACGGGCUCAAAAGAGGACAAAACAUUCAGAUAUAAUCCCUGAUGUAACAGGUUCUUAUAUAGAGGAGAAAGCACCAAGUGUGGUAUCAAUUACAUCUGUAAAGUCUAAGACCUCAAAUGCUUCAGGUGUUGUUCCUGAAGAAACUGAAAUCACAGAUAACAAAGAUGACGAGGCAUCUGUUAACUUAAGCAAUGUGCUUGCAAACUCAAAUGUUUCCACAAGGUCUAAAAGCUCAUUCUCAGAAGCUGAAGAAUCUGAAAAAAGAUCAAUAAGUGUUUUAUCAAGUGCAUCAGCAGAAUCCAAAGUGUCCAAAGCAGAUGUGGAGAAAAUAUCAAAUAGAUCAAAGAACCAGUUGUCAGCUAAAUCAGAUGUAUCUGCAAGGUCCAAGAACUCAGUUUCUGAGGGUGAAGACAAUACACCUACAAAUUGGAGUCCAGUGUCUGGUCACUCAAAAGCAUCUCAAGCAGACUCAAAUAAAUGUGUUUGUGGAGCGGUUAAAUUGAGUCCAAUUGUGUCAAGUCCUCUGUCCACAAAGUCAGCAAAGUCCAAAAUAAGCUCAUUUGUUACUACUUCUGAGAGAGCUUUGACACCAACAAGCACAUCAGUUUCUAUUGGGAUUGUAGAUGACUGUGAGGUUGAUGAUGAUGAAGGUACUACUUCAGUAAAGUCUAAAACAUCAGCAUCAUCAGAAACAUGUCAUAAUUCUCAAAAAGAUUUAUUAGAAUCCCAACUACAAAUGAUGAAAGACAGAGCAACACAGAAACCAGAGGCAAGACCUAAAAGUUUCACAAUGGCUAAGUCAAAUAUUUCUGAAAGAUCCAAGUCCAAACAAUCUCAUUGCAAUGCUACAGCUCUAGACACAAACCAGAGAGAUGAACCAUCCGCCAAUGAUUCAGUGAGGCAAAUCUUUCCAACCCAAGAAAUUCGAUCAUUCAAUGAAGCAUCCAGUAUGCCUGCCCACUCUUAUGCAGGGAUCGCAGGUCAAAGGGCACCUGAAAGUCCAGAUGUUACCCAUGAUUUUCUAAGUAUUUGUCCAAAAUGCAGUUGUACACCAAACAGAGGAAAAUCAUCCACAGUAUUAGUCACUCCUACUUCACCUUUCUCAAGUGCCUCAGCUUUCUCAGACUCUGGAUCUGGAAAAAACAAAAAUUCUGCAGAAAUCAUUGACAGACCAAAUAGUAAUGUAUCCAAUUCAUCUCAUUUGCAAGUAAAUGAUCAAAAAAUAAGUGUUGAAGUAACAGUUAACAGUGGAGGUUCACAUUCAGGAAAAAGCAAAAAAAAAUGCAAGCCUUCACAAUCAAUUGAAGAAGAUAGGGUCAGGUGUCAUUCAGCAACUUUGUCAUUGACCUCCACAAACCGGCUUAGUCCCAGCCCACCAAAAUCACCCAAAAAAUCAAAAAAAAAUAUUAUUCUACAUGUUGGCUCCAAAGAUAGCGUGCCAUCUCAGAAUGUCAUUGACCAAAGUGGACAAAACAUUGAAAAUAAGAAUAUAGAACAACCUAAAUCUAAUAGACCUGAAAGAACACACAAUGUCCGACCCGACACAAUGCAAAAUGUCACUGACAAAAGUGAAAAGGGUAGCAAAUGUAGAAAAAGAAUAGGAAGCAGCUCUUCACGUCAAAUGAUGAAUGAUGAUGCAGCAGAGUUGAGUCCUUCUUGCUUGCCAAAUUCCUCUCCAACUGAGGUGGUAAAUGAAUGGCUCAUGAAAAUUCCAUCAGAGACUGACUUGUGUGAUUUGGAAGAUGAAUUUCAUGAAAACUUUGAUACAACAGAGCCACUUUGCACAUCACAUGUGCCUUCAGUAGAUGAAAAUGUGCACAGAGAUUUGAAAGAAUAUGAUGUAAUCAAGCCUGAAAAACAAAACGAUGUGGAUAAUUCUCAUCUGGCAAGUGCAGAAGGAACUGUUGACAAAAAAUCUCAAGAGAAUCAUGCAAUUCGUGAAGAUGAUCGACAGCGCAUUCGCCCUCAAGCAGCGGAGGAAUCAAAAGUAUUGGAUUCCUCAGUCCUGGUAAUGAAAGUCUUGCUGAGUCCCACAAUUGACAGAUGCAACAGCUUACCAGAGGUGUCUCCUGUGUACGGACGUAAACUCAGCACAUCGGCACAAGGCCUUUUAGAUUGUCUGGCAAAACUGCAGUUGUUAGACUUUGGCCCGAGUGAUGAAAUCAGUAAAAAAGCUAAAUACCAAGACUCCAUGAGCAUGCUAAAGUCCCUUUGGCUUUGCGAUCCAAAAGAUCAAAAUUUUAAAGAUCAACAGCCUCUGGAUAAGGAAUUCAAAGCCAGGUCAUCCUCAGGAGUAGAUGUUAACAGUGGCUCAACAAGCUCUGGGAAAAGUAGUGUUUUGGGUGGCGUCCAAGCCCAAACCAAAGCAGAAUGUGAAGGCCCUGAUACACUCACAAAGGUAAAGGAAGUUGAUGAGACAGCACAAGAAGAACGCUCAGAAACACCUGAAUCAAAAUGUAAGUCACCCACUCCCUACAUAGCAAGUCAAGCUCGGUGGACCCCUGUGGCUGGGGCAAAGGGUCCAGUUGAGGAGAUGAUAAAAGAUGAUGUGACAGGCUCUGAUGAGACAAUCAGGAACAAUGAUAGUCCAAGGGAACUCAUGGAAACACCUCUCUCAUCCAACAUGAGUUCUGGAAAUUAUCCCCAAAAUAAGGAAACUGAAACCGAUCAUCCAGAGGAUUCAAGUUCAGGCAGCCAUCCAGCAUUACAAAGACCACAAUUAUCAAAAAGGUUUUCUCAAGACCCUGAUCCUGUAUGGGUGCUAAAUUUACUGAAUAAAUUAGAAAAGCAAUUUAUGACACAUUACGUCAAUGCAAUGGAUGAGUUUAAAGUCCGCUGGAAUCUUGAUGACAAUGAGCAGCUUGACAUCAUGAUAUGCGAGUUAAAAGAUGAUGUUCGCAAACGCAUACAAUAUAGUGUAAACAGGGAGCUCAAAAAAAUUAGAGGAAGAGCAGGGAGACCGAGACCACCAAAAGAGGCGAUGUCACGUGAAUCAACAGUUCAAACCGAGCAAAGGCGGAGGCGUCUGAAAGUCAUGCGCAACCAAUCAGUUGACCCACAGCCUGCAAAAAGUGAAGAUGAAUAUACAGCCACAGGUACAGAUUUCAGUGAUCAACGCAGCGAUGAUGAAUAUUGCCCUUGUGACACAUGCUUGAAAAAGAAAAUGGUAUCGAAGCCUGUUGUACCUGUGGAAACGUUCAAUUCUGCACCUGUGAUGCUGGACUUUGAUUUAAGAAGAAUUCUCCAGAUUAAGAAAUCUGCUCCAAACAAUGAAAAGGCUAAAAAUGAAUGCAAAGUCAGUAAAAUGGACGAUGCAGAAAAAAAUGUGCCUCUUGAGGUUGUCAAGGAGGAGGAUGACAGAGAGGUAACAGAUGCCUUCACAGCUCAGGAAAGUGAGAAAGAAGAUGAUGAGGAUAGAAAAAGUGUCAACUGUGAAAAGAUAGAGGAUUCUUUUGAGAAACAGUCAGAUACAUCUUUAAAGAAAGAUAUGAAUGAAGAAGUAGAAAUAAUGUCCAGCAUGGAAGUGGUUGAAGUUGGGGAAAUUUCUGAGAGCAACAUGACUGCUGAACAACAAAAGGAAGCUGAAAAAGAAAAUGAGGAAAAGGGUAAUAAUGAGGCAGAUUCUGAAAAUUAUAACAUAAGUGGAGAUGUCAGUGAUGCCAUGCAAGUUGAAACUGAAAGAGGAAAAACAAAGGAGUGGGCACAAAAAGAACAAACAGAGCAUAAUAGAAAUAAUGCAGAUGAAUCCGAGAAUGGUGAGACAGUUGAUGAUGAAACUGCAGAAGAGGGUGAGAUAUCUGAAGUAAAAAUGACGGAUGAGAGUGAGACAGCUGAAGAUGAACCUGCAGAAGAGGGUGAGAUAUCUGAAGUUAAAACUGCGAUAGAGAGUGUGACAGCUGAAGAUGAACCUUCAAAAGAGGGUGACACAGCUCAAGAUGAAACUGAAGAAGAAGGUGAGACAUCUGAAGUAAAAUUUGAAGAGGAGAGAGAGACAGCUGAGGAUGAAACUACAGAAGUAGGUGAGACAUCUGAAGCUAAAACUGCAGAGGAGAGGGAAACAGCUGUAGAUGGAGCUGCAGAAGAGGGUGAACGAGUUGAAGAUGACACUGGAGAAGAGGGUGAGACAUCUGAGGAUAAAACUGCAGAGGAAAGUGAGGCAGCUGAGGAUGAAAUCGCAGAGGAGAGUGAGAUGGCUGAAGGUGAAACUGGAGAAGAGGGUGAGACAUCUGAGGUUAAAACUGCAGAGGCAUGUGAGACAGAUGAGGAUGAAACUGCAGAAAAGAGUGAGAGUGCUGAAGAUGACACUGCAGAGGAGAGUGAGACAGCUGAAGAUAAAGCUGCGGAAGAGGGUGAUACAUCUCAAGAUGAAACUGCAGAAAAGAGUGAGAGUGCUGAAGAUGACACUGUAGAGGAGAGUGAGACAGCUGAAGAUAAAGCUGCGGAAGAGGGUGAUACAUCUCAAGAUGAAACUGCAGAGAAGAGUGAGGCAGCUGAAUUCGAAACUGCAGCAGAUGGUGAUUUAUCGGAAGCUAAAACUGCAAAGGGGAGUGAGACAGCUGAGGAUGAAUCUGCAAAGAAGACUGAAGAAGAUGGUGAGAAUGCUGAAUCUGAAACAGCUGAAGAAAAAACUGCAGAAAAUAGUGAAACAGUUGCGAAUGAAACUGCAAAAGAUGAACACAAUUCUGAAGAUGAAACUGCUGAAAAGAUUGAAACAGCUGAUGAUGAGACUGCAAAAGAUGAAACUAAAGAUGAAACUGCAGAAGAUGACCAAACAACUGAAGAUGAAAGUGCAGAAGAGGAUGAGACAGCUAAUGAUGAUACUCAAGAAGAACAUGAAACAUCUAUAAAUGCAUCUGUAGAAGACGACAAAACUGCAGGAGAUAGUGAUACAGCUUCUGAUGAACAAACUGCUGAGGCUAAAUCUGCAACCGAUGGGCAGUCUGCGGAGAGAUUAUCAGCUGAAGAGGAUAAGACAGCAAAAGAUAAGCAGAGUGUUGAAACUUCUGCAAGAAACAGGGAGUCUUCUGAUCAUGAAACAACAGAUGAACUAAAACCUUUUGUGAAAGAUGGACAACCUCCUGAAGCAGAAACUGCAGACGACAUUGAGACGGCUGAUGAUUCUGAAGGUGAAACUAUAGAUGAGGAUACAAAUAGCACUGACAAUAAAGAUGAACUGGCUGAAGAAAGAGUAACACCUGAUGAUAAAAGCACUGAUGACGAUGAGGAGACUGAUCGAGCAGAAAGAGCAGAUGAGGAGAGCACUGAAUCUGUUGAAGAUGUCUCAUCCAAAGCAGAAGAAGAUCUUACAGAAGAUGAAGAAAAUGCUGAAGAGGACAUACCAGAGAGUCACUCUGAACUUGAGGAGGUCAAGGAAACUGUUGAUCAUAAAAUAGACGUUCUUUCCAAUCCUGAUGACACUGAAUGUGAUGAUGUCAUUGACCUAAAAGCAGAUAAAACAGUGGCUGAAGAGGAAACUCAGUUUAAGAAUGAGGGAGAUGUUGUCAUAGAUAGUAUUGAUGAAAAAGAUAAAGAAAGUGGAAAAGAAGAUUAUGUAGAAGAGGUACUAGGAGAUAAAGGAUGCCAUGUUGCAGACAGUGGUGAAUCAGCUGAAGGAGGAGAUGAGGCUGAAGAUGACACGGAACCAGAUAUGGAGAUAGAUGAAGGGAAACACAAUGGGAACGUUCAGGCUUCAGAGUCUACUUUACAGCCUAAGCAAGAAAAUGGUAAAUCAGAUAAGACAACAGUCACUUCAUUUGAUGUUGCAGAAAAUCACAACUCGGUGUAUGAUGCUGAUGUAGAAGACUCAGAAACUGAUGUACACAACCAGAUCCAAGAACUCAGUUCUGAGUCUGAGAGCAAGCCACAAACGACUGUGCGCAAAACUUUCAAGAUGCUCAUUCACACUCUGGCUUUCCUAAAACCCACAGCCACUCAACGGCCAAAAGAGGAAGAAGAGGAAGAAGGGGACGAUGAGGAGGAACAUGAAGAGUCAUCAGAGGAGAGUGAUAAUACAGAAGACCGUUCAUUUGUGGAGAAAGAGGGAUGUCGAAAAGAGAAGGGGGAGCUGUCAGAUAUAACAGAGGAUACAGGAGAAGAGGAGAACCGGGAAACUGAGACAGGCAACACAAACAAAGAUUAUUCUGAGUCUGAAAAUGCCUUAGAAAAACAGUUCACAAAGUCUUCUAUGGAAUCUCAAUCAGGUUCCUUCGAUGAGGUUCUUGAUGAUCAGGUAAAAAGUCUGACAAUUUCAAAUCAUGUGACUGCGAAGUUUAAUCAGUAGAAUUCAAAGCUAAUCUCUGAGAAGCAAACCAAAGAUUAUCUAAAGCAUGAAAUGGUUGGAGGUUCUAGACAGGCAUGUUACUUAUACAGUGAUCUUAGACUAAAUACAAUAAGCUUAAAGUGAUGCUCAUCAAGAUGACCUCGAGUUUAAAGAGCAACCUUUUGGUUACAUAUAUUAUUAACCAAAGAAUAACUUGCACUUUACUAUAUAUUUAUGCACAUUACAGUAUACAUAUAAUUGCACAUUAUGAAUACUCUGUAAAGGGAAUUUCUUUAACUUGAAGAGCUAUACAAAUUUCUAGCUUAAAACCAAGAAAGUUUAGAGUUUUCGCAAGUUUCUGUUAAAACAGAAUAUUAAAUGUAUAAUACAGUCAGUAGCCAGGUAAAGGACUGCUGACAAAGGGAUAGUAAUAUAUCACACUGCACUUUCACUGUACAUGUGUACCUCUAUAUAAAUGUACUGAAAAUGUAUUUUAGUAUAUACAGAAUCAUAUACCAACUUGUAUUAUGUAAAAUAUAUACAGUACCAACAUGUAAAAGUAUUCGGUGGCCUGACAUUUUACGUCACAAGUGUGAAUAGAUAAAAAUAAAUGUGUCUUUUGAAAAGAACUGGAAAAGCUUAAAAAUAUAAGUGGGUACUUGGGGAUCAUACCUUAGUAUGAAAAAGGAAAGCUAAAUACAAAACACAAGACCAAUCUCACUUAGAAUACAUACAGUGAUACUUAAGUAUAUCAAGGCAGUGCAGAUGAACUGGACAGAUCAAGGCCAAUUUAUUUGAUUUCCUAAAAUACCCCAAAUAUUUAGGAUUAAGGUGCACAUAUUGAGACAUUUCUUAGAUGUUUUGCCACAUGCAUUUAUGCUGUGUAUUUCUCAUCUAUUAACCCCUGGGCGUUGUGCUGAAAAUAUUAUAGGACUGUAAUCGCAAAAGAACAAUCAAAUAAAAUUAUGAUUAAUCAUCAAAUAAGAAGGUUUCCACAAACUUGGGAUGAAGGUAUAAAAAGUUUAUUUUAGCAUCAUGGCACAUGAAUUAUGAACAUCUGUAGUGUUAUCUUUCUGUUGUGUUAUUAUAAAACUCAAUUUUGGGGAUGUACCAUCAUUGCUGGCCAAACAAUUAG